AUGACAUCAGAAUUGCCUUCAAACCUUAACCUUUUGAUGAGUGUUAUGAACGACGAAUCAAAAUGUCACACUCCGUUUUGUGCUAAAGAUUGUACCAUUGACCAUCAUAACUUAAUCAAGGCCUUGUGUAUCGAGAAAAACAGGAAAGAAAAUUCUCGGUUUUCUUCAAAGUCUCAUGUUCUUCUCAGGCAGUGUAUUCAGUUGUGCGAACAGAACGGCUGGGAUCGUAACAGCGCAAUUCCUGAUGAUCUUCCCGAGCUGAGGCAGCCUUUGCUGUAUUUAACUUGUGCAUUUGGAAAGCACCGAGUUCUAGAAACUCUACUCAAACUUGAGUUUGAUGUUUCUGUCGUGACAAAAGAUGGCAAAAAUUGUUUACACGCGCUUGUCGACCACUUCUACCGUGUUGGUAACUUAAAGCAAUGCGGUGGUUUUAUGGCCAUUGACAAGAGACUAGAUGUCUUUGAAACUAUUGUAAGUACAUUAUGUGUUCGAGAGCCAAACAUUUUCUCGAUGAAAGAAAAUAUGAACAGUAGAACUCCUUUGCAUACUGCAGCGGAAAGCGUUGUGUGUACAACCAAGCAGUCACGUGUGGAUGGAGCGCGCUGCGAUCGCUUUAAAAGAGCGAAAUAUUUUCAGCGUUGUCUAGAAAUUAUGCUCGAACGUAUUCUUGAUCUUAAACACAAUUCUUUGCUCCCUCAUGAUAAACUUAUGGAAGCCAUCGCAGCUCAGAACGAUGAAGGAAACACCAUCUUACACAUCUUAGCAAAGAGCUCAUCCCUUCCUGGCUGGGAGUCCAUCCAGUACAUAUUGACAAAUUUUGGCGAUACCGAAUUUCCGAACAUCAAAAACAAGCACUCGCGAACGGCGUUUGAGAUACUCUCGAGUACAAACACAACUGUUGCGAGAAAGUUGUUCUAUCCAAACGACUUUGGCAUUAUGGAAGAGAAAACAGGUAAGUUUGAGUUUGCUUUGUUAUGAAUGUCUUGUCAAAGAACUGUCAAGCGGCAACUUUACCCUCAACAGUACCCUGCAAACAAAGUAUCCUUCGAUCUUCCUAGAUAAGAUAGGAAGAGGAAGGAGCCUCUGCCGACCAGUCUCGUUCCCAGAGGCCGCAAUCCUUUUGUACGGUGACGGGGAUCACCCCAUCCGCUGGACAAAAGUAACAGAGGCUCUGGGGCGAGAUUGUCUGCCGACUACCUCAACAAUUCAUAUUGAGCAUGCUCCAAAUUCAAAUGUAACCAAGCCUCUUAGCCUUGCUUUCAAACUAACAACCGCGCGACUUCUUGAAGUUGCCAUUCAAAACAAAUGCAAAUAAGCUUUUAAAAUCUUGGAAACUUGAAUUCUACUUGGAGUCUCAUGAUCAUAUUUUAAAUUAAUGUUAUUAAUGAGCAAACACAAAAGAAUAGACAAAGAAAUUAUUUCUUAAGUAUUUUUAUUCAAAAACACAUUAGUUUAUUUCUUAAAAGAACUUCGCAUAGCACUUAAUGGAUUAUGGAUCCAUUCACACCAGUAAAAUUGGUCAAGCACUUGGUUAAAUCCAAAACAAAAUCCAUCUCAAAUCAGGGUGCAUUUUCUUACUUUUCUAAAAACAGGACUAGUGCUCAGCCACAGUUUACUAAACAUUAAAUCAAUGAUUUUCUCAAUGUAACUGUGCAAAAUCAAAGCAGCAGCCAUAUUUUAUUUUGUUGUGGAGCAUGGGUACAAAAAAGAACUCCACAAUAAUAUUAUAUGCAUGCAUGCACAGUUAAACUGUUUUAUCCAGUAUGAAACUUGUCUGACUUAUCCAAUUUGCUUUUAUCACCUAUAAUACCAAAGAAGCAAAGAGACCAUGUCAAAUAGCAACCUGACAGUUUCUCAAUCGAUAUAUGAGAUGGUCAAACCAUUUUUUUUUUGUAUAAUCACGACAAACGACAUGGCCUUAAAACAGCAAUAGAAGUCUAGGUGAAAUGGCAACAAAUGACGUAAAGAUGGGUUAAAUACCAUCAGGGACAUGGCCUACUCCUCAAAACACGAAAUGACUGUAUUUGAAAUUCAGACUAGGGACAUACAUACCCCUCCUAAGAGAGCCUCACCGAUAGGAAAUGACCCAGUACACUGCAAGGAAAUACACUGUGUGGGCUAAACAAAUGGCCCAAGUAAAACGAAAAAUUCACUGCGGUAAUCUUGACAAUCUGAGCAAAUGUUUCUUCAAACUAGUUUUCCUUCACUUCUCAUUAUUUCUCUUCUCUCAAACAUCUUCUGUGGUGGCCAUCAUUUUACACUUUUCACUGUUUUGGGGGGUAUUAUAUUAAGCUAUAGUGCUAUUUUGUGUUUGCUCUAGACUCUGUUGUCACUUCACCACUUAACUCUGACCUACAUCAAAACUCUGAGGUAUCUGUAUCUGGGGAGAGUUCAAGCACACCUUACUCAGAGUCAAGAAAUGGCUGUAAUCAAAGGGAAGCAGUCAAAGAUGUAUGGAGUAAAGCAGGGCAAGUCAAAGGAACCCUUACCAAGGGAAUGCAGCAUGGCUCAACACUUACAUGUAAAUCACUUGAAUCUGUUGUUCUUUCUCUUCAUAACACAGCUAAGGGCACCAAAGAAAUGUCCUCGCCAAACGCAGGUGAAUGUGAUAGUCACUCGCAUGAUGCUGUAAGAAUUCAGUUAUCACCAGAAUGUACUGCCGUUAAUUGCAUACAUCCCACAAUGUUGCAAAAUGGUGACCAGUCCCACACUGAUAGUGAUGAAGGUGUAGUGUUACCAGUCUUAUCAAUUGAAGGUCCUUACCCUGUUUUCCUGCCUAAUUUUCAAACAUGUGGGUCAGAAACAAAUGGAACCAUAUCUCCACUACAAGAAGACAUUAAGCAGGAAGUAGACUUAAACCUAUCCCCAAGUGAUGUUCCUUCAUCAUCUCCAAAUAAUGUGGAGGUUGAGGUUCAUGGUAGUGCGUCACCAUCAACCUUAUACUCUUGGACACAGAGGCAUGAGAUUGACGAAACUACAGUUACAGCUGCUGCGUCAAAUGGACUAUCCUAUGCAGAGUGUACAACUGAAAGUGCCGCUGAAAAUGAAUGUGGCACUUCUAACGCUAACGAUCCAGGAAAAGCAGAGGCAGAAGGAGGGAUUAUAAAGGCAUCAUCCAAAGGGGACAGUGCUUUUUUUGAUUUUCUAUUGACACAGGAAAGGGAAUUUAACCCAGCAAUGAAGUUUCAAAUUGUGGAGCUUAUUAAAAGUGAGUAUGGAAAGAAAAUGGCAGUCUUUGAUUCUGAAUUAUCUCAAACAGAGAUAGAAAAAAGACGUUUAGAAGCAGAAAUUCAAAGUUCCCAAAUGAAAUUGCAACAGAAAGAGGAGGAGAAAUUAAGGCUGUUCACUGAGAUUGACAAUCUUCAAAAGAGCAUUGCUGUCGCAGUGGAAAGACAAAAAAUGCUGGCUGAGCAAGCCAAGAAAUUAAAAGAAGAAUCUAAAGCUGUUAAGCGGAAAAUUUCCUCAUGUGAGGAGGUUGAAAGAGGACUUUGUUGUAGUCCAGCUGUUAAAAUGAACAAGUUGGCAUAA